UGAUGAGAUACUGCGUAUGCCAUUGCUGCUGAACAACGCUUCAGAAUUUUCGUAGCCGACUCUUCACCGAAGAGAGGAUUUCCUUGUACCCUUCUCAAGCCCGCCAUCUUCAACUACCGAAAGUACGCUGUAUCUAUGGUAGCUAAAUUCUCAACUCAAAGGGGAUUCGGGUCGCCGGCGACCUCCUAGGUCUUCGUGACCGAAAGCUCGCGAUACAGGUCGCGGUUUGAGCUAGGAAGGCAACAACGGGAUCACGACGCACAAGGACCUCCGAAACUCCCAUCUUUCUGCUCGUUCGCGUCCGCUCCUACUAGAAACCAUCGAGGAAGUGUUUGCAUCUAGGGCAUCUGCUUCUUGGGAGCAAUGGCUCAUUUAGGCGGAGGUGCUGAAGCACAUGCCCGCUUUAAGCAGUACGAGUAUCGUGCUAAUUCGAGCCUUGUACUCACCACCGAUUCUCGACCCCGGGAUACCCACGAGCCCACAGGUGAGCCGGAGUCCCUAUGGGGGAAGAUCGACCCAAAGAGCUUUGGGGACCGAGCAUACAGAGGCAAGCCCCCGGAGCUUGAGGAGAAGAUUAAAAAGUCGAAAAAGAAGAAGGAGCGGGAGCCAGGGCCCGAUCAGGAGCAGAGAAAGGAUAGCAAGAGGAGGCGCACCCAAGAGGAGACUGUACUCUCGCUUGUGGAUGAGGGUGUAUAUCAGCCCAAAACUAAGGAGACCCGUGCUGCUUAUGAGGCACUGCUUAGUAUUAUCCAACAGCAAUUCGGUGGGCAGCCACAUGAUGUGCUUACUGGAGCUGCUGAUGAGGUUUUGGCUGUUCUGAAGAACGAUAAGAUCAAGAAUCCUGAAAAGAAGAAGGAUAUUGAGAGGCUUUUGAAUCCUUUUUCAAGCCAAACUUUUGACCAGCUUGUCUCUAUAGCACGGUUGAUUACGGAUUAUCAGGAUGGACCUGAGACUGCUGGUCCGGUGUCCGCAAAUGGGAAUGAUGGUGCUCUUGAUGAUGACAUUGGUGUUGCUGUUGAGUUUGAAGAGGACGAGGAGGAAGAGAGUGACUAUGAUCAGAUUCAAGAGGAAUCAGAGGAGGAUGAUGAUGGACAGGAACCAAAUGACAUAGGUGCUAUGCAGAUGGGAGGAAUAGAUGACGAUGAAAUGGAGGAAACUAAUGAGGCUCGGACAUUGAACGUGCAAGAUAUUGAUGCUUAUUGGCUGCAGAGAAAAAUCUCUCAAGCUUUCGAGAAAAUCGACCCGCAACAAAGCCAAAAGUUUGCAGAAGAUGUGUUGAAAAUUCUGGCUGAAGGUGAUGACAGAGAUGUUGAGAACCGGCUUGUGACAUUACUUGAAUACGAUAAGUUUGAUCUUAUAAAGCUGCUUUUAAGAAAUAGACUCAAGAUAGUAUGGUGCACACGCUUGGCUAGGGCUGAGGACCAAGAGCAGCGGAGGAAAAUUGAAGAAGAGAUGAUGAACUUCGGGCCAAGCUUGGCUUCAAUCUUGGAUAAGUUGCAUGCCACUAGGGCAUCUGCAAAAGAGCGCCAAAAGAAUGUAGAGAGGAGCAUUAGAGAUGAGGCCAGACGGCUAAAAGAUGAUCGUGUGACAGGGGAUGAUAGGGAUCAAAGGUUUAUGGAUAGGGAGGCGGAUAAUGGUUGGUUAAAGGGGCAAAGACAGAUGCUGGAUCUUGAAAUUCUAGCAUUUCAGAAAGGGGGCCUUUUGAUGGCAAACAAGAAGUGUGAACUACCUCCAGGAUCUUACAGAACUCCCCACAAGGGAUAUGAAGAAGUUCAUGUGCCAGCACUGAAGCCCAAACCACUUGCAUCUGGAGAGAAGUUAGUGAAGAUAUCGGAGAUGCCGGACUACGCACGUCCAGCUUUUGAAGGUAUGAAGCAGUUGAACAGAAUUCAAAGUAAAGUUUAUGAAACUGCUCUUUUUACACCUGAGAAUAUACUCUUAUGUGCUCCAACGGGUGCUGGAAAAACGAAUGUUGCCAUGCUAACCAUACUUCAUGAGAUAGCUUUACAUUGGAAAGAUGGGGAGGUAGACACCAGUGAGUUUAAGAUUGUAUAUGUUGCACCAAUGAAAGCUUUGGUUGCUGAAGUUGUUGGGAACUUGUCUAAUCGCCUACAGUUUUUUAACAUUACUGUGAGGGAACUCAGUGGCGACCAAUCACUAACUAGGCAACAAAUUGAAGAAACUCAUAUAAUAGUUACAACACCUGAGAAAUGGGAUAUUGUUACUAGAAAAUCUGGAGAUAGAACUUACACUCAGUUAGUGAAACUCCUCAUUAUUGAUGAGAUUCACCUUCUUCAUGAUAAUCGAGGGCCUGUUUUGGAAAGUAUAGUUGCUAGGACAGUCAGACAAAUUGAGACUACGAAAGAUCUUAUUCGUUUGGUUGGAUUAUCAGCUACUCUCCCAAAUUACGAAGAUGUAGCAUUAUUCUUGCGUGUAAAUCCCUCGAAAGGCCUAUUUUAUUUUGAUAAUAGCUACAGGCCAUGUCCACUUGCACAGCAAUACAUUGGAAUAUCCGUGAGGAAACCAUUGCAAAGAUUUCAGUUAAUGAACGAAAUCUGUUAUGAAAAAGUUCUGGCUGCUGCAGGAAAGCAUCAAGUGCUUAUUUUUGUUCAUUCUAGAAAAGAAACAGUAAAAACCGCUCGAGCCAUUAGAGACACUGCAUUGGCUAAUGACACUUUGAGUCGAUUUUUGAAAGAUGACAGUGCAAGCCGUGAGAUACUUCAGAGUCAAACGGAACUCGUUAAAAGCAAUGACGUGAAAGAUUUACUGCCGUAUGGCUUCGCUAUUCAUCAUGCAGGGAUGAUGAGGGUUGAUCGCGAUAUUGUCGAGGAGCUGUUUGCUGACGGGCAUGUUCAGGUGUUGGUCUCAACAGCCACACUUGCAUGGGGUGUUAACUUGCCAGCCCAUACUGUUAUAAUCAAAGGGACUCAAAUAUAUAAUCCAGAACAAGGAGCUUGGACUGAGCUUAGUGCGUUGGAUGUGAUGCAGAUGCUUGGUCGUGCUGGAAGACCUCAGUUUGAUUCUUAUGGAGAGGGGGUCAUUAUAACGGGCCACAGUGAGUUGCAGUACUAUCUGUCUCUCAUGAAUCAGCAACUACCAAUUGAGAGUCAGUUUGUUUCGAAGCUGGCUGAUCAACUGAAUGCGGAGAUUGUGUUAGGAACUGUUCAAAAUGCACAUGAAGCGUGCACUUGGAUAGGGUAUACGUAUCUGUACAUUCGUAUGCUGAGAAAUCCAACACUUUAUGGUUUGCCAGCUGACAUUUUGGACCGAGACAAAACUUUAGAGGAACGAAGAGCUGAUUUAAUCCAUUCAGCUGCAAGCAUCUUGGAUAAGAAUAAUCUGGUCAAGUAUGAUAGAAAGAGCGGGUAUUUCCAGGUCACUGAUCUGGGCAGAAUAGCAAGUUAUUACUAUAUAACUCAUGGAACAAUAUCCACAUACAAUGAAUACCUGAAGCCAACCAUGGGUGAUAUUGAGCUUUGCAGAUUGUUCUCUCUCAGCGAAGAAUUUAAAUAUAUUACCGUUAGGCAAGAUGAGAAAAUGGAAUUGGCGAAGCUCUUGGAUCGAGUUCCCAUUCCUGUAAAAGAAAGCUUAGAAGAGCCCAGUGCAAAGAUUAAUGUUCUUUUACAGGCUUAUAUAUCACAGCUGAAGCUUGAGGGGCUUUCAUUGGCGUCUGAUAUGGUUUUCAUUAGACAGAGUGCUGGUCGUCUUCUGCGAGCUCUGUUUGAGAUUGUCUUAAAGAGAGGAUGGGCUCAACUAGCCGAGAAGGCUUUGAACCUCUGCAAGAUGGUCGAUAAACGCAUGUGGAAUGUUCAGACUCCAUUACGGCAGUUUGUUGGCAUACCAAACGAAAUUCUAAUGAAACUGGAGAAGAAGGAUUUGUCCUGGGAAAGGUACUAUGACCUUAGCACACAGCAACUUGGAGAGCUGAUUCGCUUUCCCAAAAUGGGGAAGACACUUUACACCUGCAUUCACCAAUUGCCAAAACUUAACCUAUCUGCACAUGUUCAACCCAUCACUCGAACUGUUUUGGGUUUUGAGCUUACGUUAACGCCAGACUUUCAGUGGGAUGACAAAGUACAUGGUUAUGUCGAACCUUUUUGGGUUAUCGUCGAAGACAAUGAUGGCGAAUAUAUUCUUCAUCAUGAGUAUUUUAUACUUAAGAAACAGUAUGUUGAUGAAAAUCACACUUUGAGUUUCACUGUCCCCAUUUACGAGCCCCUUCCGCCUCAAUAUUUUAUUCGUGUAGUAUCCGAUCGAUGGCUUGGUUCUCAAACAGUGUUGCCUGUUUGUUUUAGGCAUCUUAUAUUACCAGAGAAAUACGCACCCCCAACUGAAUUGCUUGAUUUGCAACCCCUUCCGGUGACUGCUUUGAGGAAUCCUUCUUUUGAAGCUCUUUAUGAUAGCUUCAAGCAUUUUAAUCCUAUCCAGACUCAAGUUUUUACCGUCUUAUAUAACACUGAUGACAAUGUCCUGGUUGCAGCACCAACAGGCAGCGGGAAGACCAUAUGUGCAGAGUUCGCCAUUCUGCGAAAUCAUCAAAAGCUUCCUGAGAGCGUAAUGCGUGUUGUAUAUAUCGGUGCAAUUGAGGCUUUAGCAAAGGAAAGGUUUCGUGAUUGGGAAGAAAAAUUUGGAAAGCACUUAGGUUUAUCUGUUGUGGAGUUGACAGGCGAGACAGCAACUGAUUUGAAACUGCUCGAAAAGGGUCGGAUAAUCAUCAGCACUCCGGAGAAAUGGGAUGCUCUUUCUCGUCGUUUCGUACAGCAUGUCAGCCUUUUCAUUGUUGAUGAACUUCAUUUGAUUGGCGGGUCGGUUGGCCCAGUGUUAGAGAUAGUCGUCUCUAGAAUGAGGCGUAUAGCAAGUCAUACCGGUUCAAACAUCCGUAUUGUCGCUCUUUCAGCCUCCCUCGCAAAUGCUAAGGAUCUUGGUGAAUGGAUUGGCGCCACUUCUCACGGCCUCUUUAAUUUCCCACCUGGUGUUCGUCCCGUGCCAUUGGAGAUACACAUUCAAGGUGUUGACAUCGCAAAUUUUGAAGCUAGGAUGCAGGCAAUGUCGAAGCCUACUUACACUGCUGUUGUCCAACAUGCGAAGAAUGGAAAACCCGCUCUGGUUUUCGUUCCCACUAGAAAGCAUGCGAGACUGACGGCUCUAGACUUGUGCGCUUACUCUGGCGCAGAAAGUGCUGAAAAUCCUUCUUUUCUCCUUGGUACUGUGGAUGAGAUGCAGACUUUCAUAUCUGGAAUCAAGGAGGAGACUCUGAAGGAGACGCUUCCGAUGGGUGUUGGCUACCUUCAUGAAGGGCUUUGUGACCUCGAUCAAGAAGUUGUGAAGCAGUUAUUCUUCAGCAGAAGGAUUCAAAUUUGCGUUGCGAGCAGCUCGAUGUGUUGGGGAAUGUCAUUGCCGGCUCACCUGGUCGUCAUCAUGGGUACCCAGUAUUACGACGGACGAGAGAAUGCUCAUACCGACUACCCAAUCACUGAUUUGUUGCAGAUGAUGGGACAUGCGAGCAGGCCUCUUAUAGAUAGUUCUGGUAAAUGUGUAAUUCUUUGUCACGCACCAAGGAAAGAAUAUUACAAAAAGUUUCUUUAUGAAGCAUUUCCUGUUGAGAGCCAUCUUCAUCACUUCUUGCAUGACCAUAUGAAUGCUGAAGUCGUCGUUGGUGUGGUUGAGAACAAGCAAGAUGCCGUGGAUUAUCUUACAUGGACCUUUAUGUACAGAAGGCUCGCAAAAAAUCCAAAUUAUUAUAAUCUCCAGGGUGUCAGCCACCGGCAUCUAUCUGACCAUCUUUCCGACCUCGUAGAGAAUACAUUGAAUGACUUGGAAUCAAGCAAGUGCAUCAGCAUAGAAGAGGAUAUGUAUCUCAAACCUUCUAAUCUUGGAUUGAUUGCUUCUUACUAUUACAUCAGCUACAUGACUAUAGAGCGUUUCAGUUCAUCUCUGUCUCCGAAAACUAAGCUGAAGGGUCUUCUUGAUAUUUUAGCAUCUGCCUCAGAAUAUGCACAGCUUCCGAUUCGUCCUGGCGAGGAGGACCUGAUCAGGAAGCUUAUAUAUCAUCAAAGGUUUUCCCUCGAAAAUCCAAAGUGCACAGAUCCACACGUGAAGGCAAAUGCACUCCUGCAAGCUCACUUCUCUCGGCAUACCGUGGUUGGAAACUUAGCAGCAGACCAGCAUGAGGUGCUGCUUUCCGCUCACAGGCUUCUUCAGGCCAUGGUUGAUGUCAUCUCCAGCAAUGGUUGGCUCACCCUCGCCCUUCUGGCAAUGGAGAUGUGCCAGAUGAUUACUCAGGGAAUGUGGGAACGAGACUCAAUGCUCCUCCAGCUUCCUCAUUUCACCAAAGAGCUGGCAAAGCGUUGCCAGGAGAACCCGGAAAAGAGUAUCGAGACGGUCUUCGAUUUGGUAGAGAUGGAGGAUGAAGAAAGGCGUGAGUUAUUGCAGAUGUCCGAUGCUCAGAUGCUUGAUAUCGCACGGUUUUGCAACCGAUUCCCAAACAUUGAUAUGGCUUAUGAAGUGCUGGAUGCUGAUGAUAUUCUACCUGGUGAGGACGCCACGUUGCAGGUUACGCUGGAACGGGACCUUGAGGGUCGCAUGGAGGUCGGAGCGGUGGAUGCUCCGAGAUAUCCCAAGCCUAAAGAAGAAGGUUGGUGGCUUGUUGUUGGUGAUAGCAGCAACAACCAAUUGCUUGCCAUAAAAAGAGUUGCGCUGCAAAGAAGAGCCAAAGUUAAGCUUGUUUUUGCUGUGCCUAAGGAUGUUGGGAAGAAAUCUUUCACCAUCUACUUCAUGUGCGAUUCUUAUCUGGGCUGUGAUCAGGAAUAUAACUUUACAGUUGACGUCAAAGAAUUUAGAUAAGUAUAUCAAAAGAAGUUUUUUGUGUGAUAUGUGCAACAGUUUAUCAAUCUUAUGCAUUGUUUGUAUUGCUUAGAUUUGACAUGGUAAAUUAAUGUCUUUACUUUGCAUACCGAUGUUCACUAUGCACUUUAUUAUUGUCAAAUAUGUGUUCUUAAGUUCCAAUGUAAUGUUGAUUUGAACUCAUGACUUACAUGA